AUGAUCUUUGCCAAGCUCUCCCUCGCCGCAGCCCUUGCCUUGGGCGCAUCUGCUCUCCCGCAAGGCUCCCAGUCCACCACCACCAGCUCUGCAACGCCCAGCAGCAGCAGCACCCCCACCCCUUCCGGAGGAGGCGGCGGCAUCACCAUCGUGAACAACCUCAACACAACCGUCCACCUCUGGUCCACAUCCUCCACCUCAGGCUCCAAUGACAUGAAAUCCCUAACGGCCGGAGGCGGAAGCUCCACUGAGACCUGGCAAACCACCUCCGACGGCGGCUUCUCGAUCAAAAUGUCCACGACCCAGGACCAGAGCAGUGUGCUGCAGUUCGAGUACACCAACUCGGGCGACGAACUGUACUGGGAUCUGUCAUCCAUUGACCUUGACAAGGACUCGGCGUUUGUCAAGGGCGGGUUUUCGGCCACCGCUGAUGAUGACAGCUGCGCCGCUCUUACUUGUGCUGCGGGGGAUGCCGACUGUGCUGCUUCGUACCAGAAGCCUGAUGAUAAGAAUACCCAUAGUUGCUCGUCUACCGCGGCCAUCACUCUGACCUUGGGUUGA